CCAAUCGGCUUCCCUCCACUUGGAGAGAGAGGCAACGUGUGGAGUUCGACAGCCAAAGUCUCACGCUCACUUUUAUAGUUUGGACUCAGAGAGAGAGGGAGAGAGAUCGUUCUCGUGCCGGAGAAGGCGAUGGAGGCUGCCACCGGCGCCCACUUCACCGGCCUGCGCCUUGACUCGCUCCGCCUCUCCUCCCCCUCCGACCCUUUCUCCCCUUCCUCCGCCAAGGCCUUCCCUAUGCCCGUCGACGACUCCUGCGACGCUCCCCGCCAGCCCUUCGUCAUCGGGGUUUCCGGGGGUUCGGCGUCGGGGAAGACGACGGUCUGCGACAUGAUCAUCCAGCAACUCCACGAUCACCGCGUCGUUCUCGUCUAUCAGGAUUCGUUUUACUGUGGGCUGACUGCUGAAGAAUCUGAGCAUGUCCAUGACUACAAUUUUGACCAUCCAGAUGCCUUUGAUACUGAACAACUUCUAGAGUGCAUGGGCAAGCUCAAAAGUGGGCAGUCUGUCAAUGUUCCCAUUUAUGAUUUUAAAAACCACCGGAGGUGCUCUGAAAGUUUCAGAAAGGUUAAUGCAUCAGAUGUCAUUAUUUUGGAGGGAAUUCUAGUUUUCCAUGACCCACGAGUCCGCAGCUUGAUGGACAUGAAGAUUUUUGUUGACACAGAUGCUGAUAUAAGGCUGGCCCGAAGAAUAAGGCGUGAUACAGUUGAGAGAGGUAGAGAUGUGAACUCAGUGCUCGAACAGUAUGGAAGGUUUGUCAAGCCUGCUUUUGAUGAUUUUGUUCUGCCAUCAAAGAAAUAUGCUGAUGUCAUUAUACCACGGGGAGGUGACAACCAUGUAGCAAUUGAUUUAAUUGUACAACAUAUCCGGACAAAGCUUGGUCAGCAUGACUUGUGCAAAAUUUAUCCCAAUGUAUAUGUUAUUCAAUCGACAUUCCAGAUACGAGGAAUGCAUACACUUAUUCGUGAUAGGGAGAUAACAACACCUGACUUUGUCUUUUAUUCUGAUAGGCUUAUUCGGCUGGUUGUGGAGCAUGGUCUUGGUCAUCUGCCAUUCACAGAGAAGCAGGUGGUCACUCCAACAGGGUCAGUCUACACUGGAGUUGACUUUUGCAAGAAACUUUGUGGAGUGUCUAUUGUCCGAAGCGGUGAAAGCAUGGAGAAUGCUUUGCGGGCAUGUUGUAAAGGAAUAAAAAUUGGUAAAAUUCUUAUUCAUCGGGAAGGAGACAAUGGUAAACAUCUCAUAUAUGAGAAGUUACCUGGUGACAUCUCUGAGAGGCAUGUUCUACUUCUAGACCCUGUGCUUGGUACAGGUAACUCGGCCAACCAAGCUAUACAACUUCUCAUACAAAAAGGAGUUCCUGAGAAUAGAAUAAUAUUCCUUAACCUCAUCUCUGCACCUGAGGGAAUUCAUUGUGUUUGUAAACGUUUCCCGUCUUUGAAGAUUGUUACUUCUGAGAUUGAUGUUGGAUUGAAUGAGGAAUACCGAGUUAUCCCAGGAUUGGGUGAAUUUGGUGACCGCUACUUUGGAACUGACGUUUGAUGUUGCAUGUGGGCUAUCAUUAUCAGCUAAUCUCUUUUCCAUUAUAUUGUGAUCCAUUCUCAUGACUGAACACUGGAAGAGAACACAAUUCAGUAUUUGGAUUGUAGGAUGAGCAGUUACAGGCAAUUUUUAGAUUGCUAUUGCUUGAAUAUUAUACUCUGACAUUUCACAGGGGGAUUUAAAGAAUUAAAUGUUUCAGUUAUUGUUGUACGAAUCACACUAGUAAAUAUUAUCAUCAAAAGCUUUGGCAUAUGAUACUACAGUUUAAUCUACU